GCGAGGAGUGCGAGGGAGAGCACAGCUCCGGAGUAUCGCUCAGCAGCCGCCCUCACUGGCACACAGGCGCCCGGGCACUUCUCGGUGCCACCUAUCUGCACCAUGUCCGAAGUGAGGAAAUUUACCAAGAGGCUCAGCAAGCCGGGGACGGCGGCCGAGCUGAGGCAGAGCGUGUCUGAGGCGGUGAGGAGCUCGGUCAUCCUGGAGAAGGCAAGAGUGGUGGAACCCUUAGACUAUGAGACCGUUAUUUCUCAAAGAAAAGCUCAGAUCUUCAGUGAUCCACAUCGAGAUAUGCUGAUGUUCCCCAUGGAGGAUGUUUUUAUUUCAAUGGUGGAUCGUCAGCACAGAACCAUCCAAUCUACAGUUCCUGAAGAUGCUGAAGAGAAAGCCAAGAGUUUGUUUGUAAAGGAGUGUAUAAAAUAUUACAGCUUGGACUGGAAAGUGGUGAACUACAAAUAUGAGGAAUAUUCAGGGGAUUUUCGAGCCUUGCCUUGUAAAUCCUUUCAGCCAGAGAAGACGCCCAGCCAUGUGUUUGAGAUAGAUGAGGACUUUGACAAAGAUGAGGAUGCUUCAUCAAUCUGCUCCCAUAAAGGGGGAGUCAUUAAACAAGGCUGGCUGUAUAAAGCCAAUAUAGGCACCACCAUUCCUGUCACUAUGAAGGUGUUCAGAAAGCGAUAUUUCUACUUGACUCAGCUGCCUGAUGGUUCCUAUAUUCUAAACUCAUACAAAGAUGACAAAUCUUCAAAGGACUCAAAAGGCUGUAUCUUCCUGGAUUCCUGCAUUGAUGUCACUCAGUGUCCAAAACUGCGUCGCAAUGCUUUUGAGUUGAGGAUGCUGGAUAAAUCGAGCCAUCAUCUGGCAGCUGAAACGGAACAGGAAAUGGAGGAGUGGUUGCAGACAUUGAAGAAAAUCAUUCAAUCUAAUGCAGACAGCCUUGUGCAAGAGAAGAGAUACACAGCAGAUCCUGCUCAAGAUGAUGAGGGCGGUUUAGCUGGGAAAUCGGAUAACAUCAUGGAAAGCCUGGAGAAGAGCAUGCAUCCUGAGCUGGUGAAGUAUGGAAGAGAGACUGAACAGCUGAAUAGGUUGAGCAGAAGUGAAGGACGGCAGAACUUGUUCUCAUUUGACUCCGAUGUGCAGAGACUGGACUUCUCUGGUAUCGAGCCAGACAUACGGCCAUUUGAAGAGAAAAGCAGACGUCAUUUCUUAGUCAAAUGCCAGGAACUGAGCUUUAAUAUACUUGGGAAUGUGACUGAAAACGCUGAAGGACCCGUGACAAAUGUUGAGCCAUUUUUUGUCAGUUUAGCACUGUUUGAUGUGAGAAAUAACUGCAAACUGUCUGCGGACUUCCAUGUGGACCUUAACCCUUUGUCAGUGACAGAAAUGUUAAAUAAUCUGUCAUCAGAAGCGGCUGCCAAUAGAAGUCCUAAAAAGUCCUUCAAUGAGAUUCUUAUCCAUGGCAUCCCAGAAUCUCAGUUCCAGUUCAUAAAGGAGGGAAUAUUUUCAGUGACAAAUCCACAUCCUGAGGUUUUUUUGGUGGCACGUAUUGAAAAAGUCUUACAGGGAAAUAUCGCACAUUGUGCAGAACCGUACAUCAAAAACUCUGAUCCAGCAAAGACUGCACAGAAAGUGCACAAGAUUGCAAGACAGGUCUGCAGUCGCUUGGGCCAGUACAGGAUGCCGUUUGCUUGGGCUGCGAGGCCGGUAUUCAAGGACACCCAGGGGACCCUGGAUAUUGAAGGGAAAUUUUCUCCUUUAUACAAACAGGAUAGUGGCAAACUUUCUAACGAUGAUCUUCUGAAGCUCCUGGCAGAGUACAGGAAACCAGAAAAGACCAAGCUCCAGAUUAUACCUGGACACCUGGAUGUCACUGUGGACUGUGUUCCACUCGACUUUUCAAAUUGUGUGACAUCAUCAUAUAUACCCGUUAGGCCAUAUGACAAGGAGAAACAAAACAUUGCUGUGGAAGUUGAGGAAUUUGUUCCAGAAGUGACAAAGUAUUGCUAUCCCUUCACUACCUACAGAAACCAUCUUUAUGUAUAUCCUCUACAUUUAAAGUAUGAUAGCCAAAAAUCAUUUGCUAAGGCUAGGAAUAUUGCGGUCAAGAUUGAAUUCCGAGACACAGAUGAGCCUGAUGCACCAGCUCUGAAGUGUAUUUAUGGAAAGCCUGGGGGCCCUGUAUUUACCACAAGUGCAUACGCUGUGGUCCUGCACCAUAACCAGAAUCCCGAGUUCUAUGAUGAGAUAAAAAUUGAGCUUCCUUUACAUCUUGACCAGAAGCAUCAUUUGUUAUUCAGCUUUUUUCAUGUCAGCUGUGACAUCAAUUCGAAGGGAAGCAGUAAGAAGCAUGACAAUGCUGAAACACCAGUUGGCUACAGCUGGGUCCGUUUAUUGAAGGAAGGAAGAAUUAUAACAUGUGACCAACAACUGCCAGUUUCUGCCAAUCUGCCCUCGGGGUAUCUGGGUCAGACGGAGACAGAGACCAAAAAGAGCAGCAGUGAUAUCAAAUGGGUUGAUGGAGCAAAACCACUAUUUAAAAUCGGGAGUCAUUUGGAAUCUACUGUGUAUACACAAGAUUUACAUCUGCACAAUUUCUUUGAGUACUGCCAGAAAAUCCUGUCCAGCUCUAAAGAUGUUCCCGGGGAGCUUGUGAAAUAUUUAAAGUGUUUACAUGCCAUGGAGGUCCACGUAAUGGUACAGUUCUUACCUGUAACUCUCAUGCAACUCUUUCAAGUUUUGACCUUACUUUCCAAUGAAGAUGAAGUAGCUUUAAAUUGUACUUUGGUGCUGCUUCAUGUCGUGUCCAAGUACCAUGAAGAGGGUUUAGAUCAUUAUCUUCGGUCUUUUAUAAAGUAUGUCUUCAAAACAGAGAAGCAGCGUUCUCCUCAGACUAAGACGCUCCACGAGAUUUUGGCUGCUACGAUGAUAACAGUCCUGAAGCAGUCAGCUGAUUUCCUGGCAAUAAAUAAGUUACUGAAGUACUCCUGGUUUUUCUUUGAAGCAUUGGCAAAGGCUAUGGCAUUGUACCUAAUAGAAGAGAACAAAAUCAAGGUACCUCGACCUCAGAGGUUUCCAGAUUCUUAUCAAAAUAUCCUUCAUUCUUUGCUGCUAUCAAUUAUUCCUCAUGUCACCAUAAGAUAUGGUGAGAUUCCAGAGGAGUCAAGAAAUGUCAACAUGAGCUUGGCCAACUUCAUCAAGAGAUGCCUUACAUUGAUGGACAGAGGAUUCGUCUUUAAUCUCAUCAACGACUACAUGUCCGGCUUCAGUCUUAAAGAUCCAAAGAUACUAAAUGAAUACAAGUUUGAAUUUCUGCAAACCAUCUGCAGUCAUGAGCACUUCAUCCCUCUUAACCUGCCAAUGACGUUUGCCAAGCCUAAACUGCAAAGAGUACAAGAUUUGUUAUCAUAUGCUGUGGAGCGGUUCACAUCUGUAGAUAUGAACCUUGAAUGCAGCUUAACAGAUGAUUAUUGCAAGAACCAUUUCCUGGUGGGUCUGUUGUUGAGAGAAGUGUUACAGGCCGUCCAGGAGAACUGUGACAUCAGAUUCGCUGCCAUCUCCACUCUGAAACACCUUCUCAUCAAACAUGCGUUUGACAACCGCUAUCAGCACAAGAACCAGCAAGCCAAAAUCGCCCAGCUUUACCUUCCCCUGAUGGGGAUGUUGCUGGAUAAUGUCUCCAGGUUUGCCACCAAAGACAUACUGUAUAACUGUACUGCCAUAUCCGCCUCUGCAUCCAGGGACACAUUUAUGUGCAGCUUUUCCUCUCCUUCCAACAGAUUAAGCUUGAUUAUGGACAAAGACACAGGUUACAGCUCAUCUUUCCCAAAUGGUUGCAUCAUGAAAAGAGAGGACUCGCGUGGCUCAAUCAGCACAGACAUAACAACGGACCACAACAUGAACGGUGAAAAUAUGCGUAGAAGCUCCGUUAAAAGUGUGUCUCCUUAUACCAGAUUGGAUUCCUAUGAAAUUAAGAGCCUGCUCAUUUGCUAUCUGUACGUAGUCAAAGUUAUUUCAGAAGAUUCUCUGAUUAGCUACUGGAAUAAAAUGUCCCCACCAGAACUGCUGAACUUCCUUACGCUUCUAGAGGCUUGCCUAUUUCAUUUCAGAUAUGUAGGAAAAAGAAAUAUUGCAAGAGUUCAGGAUGCUUUGAUAUCUAAGCACUUUGUGGCAGGAGACAGAAAAUCUCAGACAAUGCCUGCUCUGCGGAGUAGAACUGGAGCCACGCGUCUGCAACACCUUAGCAGUUUAGAAAGUUCCUUCACACUUAAUCAUAGUUCAGGUUUCAACGAGGCUGAUGUUUUACAUCAGGCAUUGCUGGAAGGUAACUGCAGUACCGAAGUGUCCUUAACCGUACUGGAUACCAUCUCUUUCUUCACGCAAACCUUUAGGACCCAACUACUGAAUACUGAAUGUCAGAAUCCCUUGAUGAGAAAAGUUUUCGAUGUCUACUUGGCAUUUCUGAAAAACGGACAAUCAGAGAUCUGUUUAAAGCAUGUCUUUGCAUCACUCAGGUCCUUCAUUAGCAAGUUUCCUUCAGCGUUUUUCAAAGGAAGAGUCAAUAUGUGUGCGGCUCUUUGCUAUGAGGUUCUCAAAUGUUGCACAUCCAAACUCGGCUCCACCAGAAAUGAAGCUUCCGCUCUUCUGUAUCUUCUCAUGAGGAACAAUUUUGAGUUCACCAAGAAGCGAACAUUUCUCAGGACGCAUUUACAGAUCAUAAUAGCUGUAAGCCAGCUGACUGCAGACGUGGCUCUUAGCGGAGGAUCCAGGUUCCAGGAAUCUCUUUCUGUUAUUAACAAUUUUGCAAACAGUGACCGAGCAAUAAAGGCUCCAGCGUUUCCCUCAGAAGUGAAAGAUCUGACAAAAAGAAUCCGUACAGUUAUUAUGGCAACAGCUCAGAUGAAGGAACACGAAAGAGAUCCUGAAAUGUUGAUAGAUCUACAGUAUAGCCUGGCCAAGUCAUAUGCAAGUACACCUGAGCUCAGAAAGACCUGGCUGGAGAGUAUGGCCAAAAUCCAUGUGAAAAAUGGGGACUACUCAGAGGCUGCAAUGUGUUGCAUCCAUGUAGCUGCUCUAGUUGCUGAAUUCCUCUACAGAAAAAAACUCUUUCACAGUGGCUGUUCUGUAUUCAAGAAGAUCACACCCAAUAUUGAUGAGGAGGCAGCCAUGAAAGAAGAUGCCGGCAUACUGGACGUCUACUACAGCGAGGAGGUGUUGGUGGAGCUGCUGGAGCAAUGUGUGGACAGCUUGUGGAAAGCAGAGAGAUAUGAAACCAUAUCCGAAGUGUCAAAGCUCCUGAUUCCAAUUUAUGAAAAGAGGCGAGAAUUUGAGAAACUCACACAGCUCUACAGGACUCUCCACAAUGCUUAUACAAAAAUUCUGGAAGUCAUGCAGUCUGGAAAGCGGCUUUUGGGAACAUACUUCAGGGUGGCCUUCUAUGGCCAGGGUUUCUUUGAAGAAGAGGAUGGCAAGGAAUAUAUCUACAAGGAGCCAAAGCUGACAGGACUUUCUGAGAUAUCUUUACGACUACUAAAUCUGUAUGGUGACAAAUUUGGCACAGAUAAUGUGAAAAUAAUCCAGGAUUCUAACAAGGUAAAUGCAAAAGAUCUCGACAUGAAGUUCGCCCACAUUCAGAUAACGUAUGUCAAGCCCUACUUAGAGGAGCAGGAGCUUUCUGAUAGGAAGACAGACUUUGAGAGGAAUCACAACAUUAGUAGAUUUGUCUUCGAAACUCCAUAUACUCUGUCAGGGAAAAAGCAUGGAAGCGUUGAAGAACAGUGUAAGAAGAGAACCAUAUUAACAACAUCAAACUCUUUUCCCUAUGUCAAGAAAAGAAUACCUGUAAUCUAUGAGCACCAGAUGGACCUCAAGCCCAUUGAUGUUGCCAUUGAUGAGAUUAAAGACAAGACUGCAGAUUUGCAGAAGAUCUGCUCAUCUCCAGAUGUCGACAUGAUCCAGUUACAGCUAAAACUACAAGGCUGUGUGUCUGUGCAGGUAAAUGCGGGUCCUUUAGCCUAUGCCAGAGCUUUCCUAGAUGACAGUCGGUCCAGCAAGUAUACAAGCAAAAAGAUAAAGGAGCUGAAAGAUCUUUUUAAACAGUUUAUACAAGCGUGUGCCACAGCCCUGGACCUGAAUGAACGGCUCAUCAAGGAGGAUCAGGUUGAAUACCAUGAGGGACUCAAAACAAACUUCCGGGAGAUGGUGAAAGAGCUGUCUGACAUUAUCCACGAGCAGAUUUAUCAGGAAGAUAAUAUGCAGUCUUCAUGGAUGCAGAAUUCCUUGCAUGUCUUCUGUGCCAUCAGUGGGACCGCAGCUGAAUGAGCUACUCACGGGAACCAGAGAAGAAGACCGAGCCUUACAUUCAUCUAUCUCAGGAAUAAUCCGGCAUGGACUUCUAAGCUCAUGUGGAUUUUAAGGAGAGCUUGUCCUGGCGCCAUUAUAGAACGUACCUGCUGAGAUUCCAUGAUGUCAGUGGUGUUAGGCUGUAUUCAUUUUGAUUGCACUGUACUGUAUAGGCUUCUUUAAAGUUGUACAUACAUAUGUAGCAGUGCUGGCUAUGUCGGCACAGCUGAUAGUGGCUCCAUGUUGUGCUUGGCCUGUAGUUUUCCAAGACUGCAGGUAAUUGGAUGUCUUAAAGGGUUUGCCCAGUGGGGCAAAAUUCUUUAGAAAAGGCUCAAAGUGUUAUAAAAAUAAUAAAAUAAUGGAUACCCACCCUCACCACUCCCACACUGAUCCCAUUCUGAUGCUUACUGGGUCCGUGUUGAACCACACUUCCUGGUCCUGUCUUAACACAUACAAAAUGUCUGAAGAUUCCUCCUCAGACAAACGCCACCCACAGCAGUGACCAGGGGCGGACUGGGAACUUAAAGUGGCCCUGCAAAAAUACUAGAAAUGGCCCCGUUUUGUAGUUGGGUCCAAAUUGAUGGAAGGCAGGGCCAGCAAUACCAUAUUGUGGCACAUUAUACC